AUGAUGUGGAAGCGCAGCAAGAAGAAGAAGAAGGAGAGCCUCGACCAAGCUCCUGCCGCAGCCACCUCGGUAGCAUCAGCCGCCGAGGGUGGCGCCAUGUUCUCCCACCCGGGGGCCUACGGCGCCAUGAUGCUCCCGCCGGAGGCGCUCAAGUCCGGAUUCUUCGCGGGAAGGAGGCGGCGGCGGCGAGAGGAGGCCAAAUCCAGCAACGGCAGUGACAGCAGCAGCAGCAGCGAUGCCGCAAGCACUCGGAAGAAGCAGCAGCAGCACCCUCUCUGCUCAGGGGAACCCGGGAAGAUCGACGGCCUCGUGUCGGAGGCGCGGGAGGCGAAAGAGGCCGAAGGUGCCCUCCGCGCGGAAGCGGCAAUUUUGCGCGAGAGGAAGGCUGUGCUGGACGCUGACAUCCGGCGGCUGGAGAGGGACAAGGCCGACCUGACGGAGGAGCACUUGGCGCAGAUGGAGAGGCUCCGGCGGGAUCUCCAGGAGGACGCCCGGGACGGCAAGCGCAGGCUCGAGUCCGAGCUUGAGAAAGGGCACGCCAAGUCCAUGGAUCGGCUGCGGCUGACCUUGAAGGCGGAGGCCGAGAGCCUGGCCGGAGAGACGAAACGCCUGCGCGAGGACCUGCAGCGCGCGCGGGAGGCUAAGUCUGCCGCCGUUGCCGCCGCCGCCGCUGCCGCUGCGGCUAGCCCGAGAACUAAAGGCGGUAAGUCGUCAGCAAGAUCGAUCGCUCGGGAUACCCCUCCUGCUGCUGUGCCGGCGCUGCCCGCUGGAUUCUGGAACUCGUUGACCAGCGCCUUUACCCCACGCGAUCUGCUCGACGGGGUGGCGGUGGGAGUGGGAGACGGCGGCAACGGCGCCGUUCCGCCGCCCGCGCUACUGGUGCUGGCCGCGGUGCCGCUGUUUUGCUUCAUCAAGCGCAGGCGGAUCCAGAGGCUCGUGGCGGACCAAGAGGGCACCAGCAUCAGCGGCAGCAAUUACGAGGGCCAAACCACCGACGUCGAGGACCAGUCGGACGAAGAAGAAGAAGUCGAGAGCGCCUGGCGGGGGAAGGAGGCGGUUGGCGACGAGGAGAAGAAGGAGAAGGUCGACGACGGUGUCCGGGACAGCAGUGCUGCCGAGGAGAGGGAGGAACGCAGGCGGCGGACGGAGCAGCUGCGGCGGUCCUUGUCGUCGUCGCCUAUGAAGUUGAGGACCGGAAAUACCCCGGGCUCCAGCCUCAGGCUGAACCUGUCGCCGCGGCCGCAGGGCCCUCAGUUCUCGGAACCAGAAGUCUUGGUGAGCCCAUCUGUCGUAAUGUCGAGAAACGCCUCCUCUGGCCGCCGCCAGUCCACCAUGCUGCCGUCCAGCGGUGGCCGCGGCUCCCGGUUCCAGGGCCUGUCUGGCGCGGCCGCGGUGGCGGCUAGGAGGAGCAGCAACAUGUCUGUGAUGGCCGCGGGUGACGGCGCAAGCGCUAUGGGCAACAGCUGCGGCAUCGACGAGAACGCCGACUUCCCGGCGUCCGUUCCCUCCGGCAGGUCGUCCUCCGACGCAGCGGCGUCUCCUGAGCGCUCGACCCCUUCCGCUAAGGGCGACGGCAGGCAACAGUCAUACAAGAAGAAGCAGCCGUUGCUUCUCCAUCGCGCCAAAUGGCAGCAGCAGAAUCGUGCCAGCAUGUCCCGCCCGGCGCCCGGCGGCCUCGCCGCCGCCGCCGCUGCCGCCAACGCUCGCGCGUCGGUCGCCGGCGGCGGGGUCGCUAGUGACCGGCGCGGUAGUCAGGGGGGGCUCACCGGCGCCGCCACCGGCGGCGAAGGCGAGGCGACUGCAGCAACGGCGAACGUGGCGACGCCAGACGCGGCGGCGGCUGUCGAUGUCGACCGUGCCGCCGCCGCCGGCGCGCGCGCCAUGCGCGGCGCGCUGGAGGGUCUCCGCAGCGAGCGGGACUCCUUGGCGAACGCCUGCGGGCGGCUGGAGGCGGACCGGGAGGCGGCGUCGGUGCAGCUGCGGGAGGGCGGGGAGCUCGUGAAGAGGCUGACGGAGGCCAGAGAGACGCUGGAGGCGGACAAGCGCGCGCUCGCCAAGAAGUGCGCGGCGCUGCAAGGGGAGGUGGACGCGUACGCGAGUAGGAAGGAAGAGAAGGAGGAGGAGGAGACGGUACGGGCGGACGCUGAAAGUGGGUUGCGCGCCCGGGUCGUGGAGCUGGAGAAGAACCUGGAGGAACAUGCGGAGCUGGUGGCCGGCAAGGAGGCCAAGCUCGUGGAAGUCGGGGCUCAGAUCGUGGACCUGGAGCGGUCCCUCGCCGCCAGUAACGCCUCCGCUGCCACGGAGGCUGCCGCUAGCUCCGAAGCCGCUUCGAGGGCGCUCGCCGACAAGGAGGAGGAAGCCGCGGGGCUGCGGGAACGCGUCCGCGACGCCACCGAGGAGAAGCAGAUCGUCGCAGCGGAGCUCGCGGCCGCAGUCGCGGAGAGGGAGCGUGUGUCGGCUACCAUGUCUUCCCUGCGGCGCCGAGCCGCCGAGCAGGAUAGGGAGGUGGGGCGUCUCACCACCGAGCUGGAGGAGGCAAGGGAGGAGGCGGCGGCGGCUUCUGGUACGGCCGCCGAGGCUGCUUUGGCUAGCUCUCGUCAGGCGGCGUUGUCGGAGGCGAGGUCGAGGUUGGCAGCUCUCGAAAACGCCUUGUCUCGCUCGGACGAGGAGCUGCAGGAGGCCCAGUCUCAGCUAGGGCGUAUGCAGGCCGAAGGUGUUGAGCAGCAGGCGCUGUUCGAGGCGAAGGUUGCCGAGCUCUCCGCCGCCGCCAGCAAGAUCUCCUUGCUGGAAGACAGCGUCGCCAGGCACCUCGCUCGCCACCAGGAUCUCGAGGACGAGCUGCAGAAACUCCGCGAAGAGACCAAGGCCCUGGAGGCAAGCCGCGACGCACUGGAAGCGGAGGCCAGUGCCAAGCUGGCGGAGAGGAACAGCGAGCUGGAGGCCUUCAGGGCGCGCAUUGCCGACCUGACUUCGAAGCUUGAGAGCACCAAUGCUGGCCGCGAGGAGAUGGAAGUUAAGAGCAAGCGCUUGAAGCGGGAUCUCGAAGCCCGCUGCCGGGAGCUGGAGGCCGAGAACCAGGCCCAGGAGGCCGAGUUCGAGCACAAGCUUUCGGAGAAGGUGGCGGAGCUGAAGGCUAACGCCCUCGACAUGGAGGCGAAAGUCAGGGAGCGAGAGAUGCUGGAAGCGAGGCACGCCGAGAAGCUGCAGGCCCUCGAGGGGGAGAAGGCCUCCAUGCUCGCCGAACUCGAGGACCGGUACGCUUCUUCUUCGGAGGAGCUCCGCUCCCUGUCGAUCGAAAAGAGGAAGGCCGACGAGGCUUGCUCCGCUCUACGCGACCGGGCUAGCGCCCUCGAUGAGCGCACGGAGACGAUGGCCGGUGAACUCAAGGGGACGGCGUGCACGCGCAAGGCAGGCAGGGGGACCGACCUGCCUUUUUUCUCAAGCUCUCCCUCUCGGCUCCACUCGCCAACAACCCAACAACAGACUAUGGCCGACAAGAACGCCUCCUUGACUGAAGAAGCCGAGUCCUCCCGCAAGCUUCUGGCCGCGCGGGGCCAAGAGGUGGCCGACCUCGUCGCCAAGGCCACUGCGGAGGCCGCCAGCGCCGGCGCCGCCCUGUCGGCGAUGGAAGGCCGUCUCCGGGAGGACAAGCGAGCGUCGAGGGCGAAGAUUUCGGAGAUUGUGAAGGAGGCCGAGCAGGCGGCGCUCGAGGGGGAGGCUGAAGUGUCAAAUGUACGACUGGUGUUUGAGAUUAAGGUGAUCUUCGCUGGCGUGAGUGCUUUAGGGUUGUCUGUGAAAAGGGAAAGUUUCUGCCUUUGGUUUGGUUCCCUCCGCAGAGAGGCGGCGAGGCUGACAGGAGAGCUGCAGGUGCUAAACCACGACGUGGCCAGCUCGGAGAGGGAGGCGUCGGACGCCAUGCGGCAGAAGGAGGACGAGCUCGCUGCCGCUCGCGAGGAGAGCUCGCGCUUCGAACAGGAGGCGGAGAUGUACAAGAAAACUGCCGCCGGCACGCAGUCCCAGCUGCUGAAGGAGCAGCAGGAGCACGGGGAGGCCAUCGGCAGGAGCGCUCAGGAGGCGGCUCGGUCUGCCGAGUCCCUGCGUUCUCUGGAGCAGGAGGUCUCCGGCCUCAAAGAGAGUCUCGCCGCAAAAACCGCCGACCUCGAGUCCCUCCGCGAGAAGAAGGACAACGCCGACGCCGAGGCCGUGAGGGCGUCCGCCCGAGCCGACGCCCUGGAAGCACAGCUCCGGUCCUCCACCAAUGCGCUCGCGGAAGCCCAAGAGGGGCUGCAAGUGGAGUCGUCGAAGGUGGUUCGGCUGACGCGGGACGCCGCCGAGCUGGAGAGUAGGAUGGAGAGCGAGGCGGCGGCGGCGGCGGCGGUACUGGAGGGGGAGCGAAAGGCUCGGUCGGAGGUGGAGUCGAAGCUCAACACCGCCACGGAGGAGCUGGGAUCAGCCCGCAGAGACCUGGCUGCCGCCGUCGCUAACGUUGGCGAGGCCGAAACCGCUCUGGCGGAAGCCACCGCGGCGGGCGAGAUGCUCGAAGAGGCGAGAAAGGCGCUGGCCGAGGCGAAGAGCACGGCUGCCGGGCUUGAGACGGACGGCGAGGAGCUCGGGAACAGGGUGGAGGCCCUGACAAAGCAGCUCGAGGACGCGCAAGAGAUUCCAGGUGUCCUGGGUGGGUGGCUUGCGGGGGUGGCGUGGCGUCGUGUGGUGUGGCUCGGGGUAGGCGUGUGUUCGAUCGAAAAGUCGUACGCUGCCCUGGAAGCAUCCUCAAAAGAGUCCGCCGCCAACGCCAAGGCCAAGCGGCGGGUGCUCGAGGCCGACCUCGCCGCCGCCCGCGAGGCGGCCGGCGCAGCCGAGUCCCGCUGGAAGGACUCGGAGUCUCGUCUUGCGGCCGCCGAGGGCGAGGCCCUCCGGCGCUCCGGCGAGCUGGCGGCGGCGGCCGAGGCGGCUGGGGCUAAGGCCGCCACCGAGGUUGCGGAGAAGGCGAAGGAGGUGCUCCGGCUGAUCGGUGAGGCCAGGGAGGCGAGGGAGGAGGCCGCCCGGGCCGCGGGGGAGGCGGAGGGGCUGAGCGGGGAGCUGGCGGCGGUGAGGGCGGAGCUGGCGGAGGUCUCCGGGGAGCUUAGGGCUGAGAGGGCUGCUAGGCUUGAGGAGGAGAGGAAGAUCAGCGGAGAGCUAGAGGGAGCCAGGCAAGAGGCGCAGGGUUUGCAGGAGAGGGUGGAUGGCCUGGAGGCCAUGAGGAAGGGGACGGAGGAAGAGUUGGAGGACGCGAGGGAGACGCUGAGAGCGGCGCAGCAAGCCUCGGACUCGGAGAUGGGUCGCCUGAGGGAUGAGCUGCACUCCAAGACGACGGAGGUGGAAGCUCUCGCGGAGAAGGGCGUGGCUGCCUCCGGCGAGUCAGAGAAGGAGCUCAACCGCUUGCGGGAGGAAGCGGAGACGGAACGAUCGCAGGCCGAGCGUGCGCUGUCCGCUAAGGAGGAGGAGACGGCCGCUCUCGAAUCCAGUCUGCGCAAGCUCGAGGCGGAACAAGCCGCUCAGGCGAAGGAGCUCGAGCGCGCUACCUCCCUGAGGGAUGAGGCGGUGGAGAGGGCGAGCGGCCUGGAGGCCGAGCUGGAAGCGGCAUCGUCUCAGCUCGUGGCGUCCGAGACCAAGUUUGGAGAGCAGGAGAAAGAGCUCUCGGGCAUCGAAGCGGAGAGGGACACGCUGGGCGAAAGGGUCGAGAUCCUCGCCAAGCAAGUCGAGGACCUCACGGCCGAGUGUGGCGCUGCAUCGGAGGAGCUCGCGGCCCUCAAGCUUAAGGAGGAACAGAGGGAAGCCGAGGCUGCUGCUGCUGCCGCCGCGGCGUCGGGAGCGGGAGCGGGAGCGGCCGGCCUGGCGGGGACACCGGCGCAGACAAAGGAGGUAUCCGUGGAAGGGGCAGGUCUGGAGGUCCAGACGGUCCGGGCUGGAGGGCUGCUGCCGCAAGGAGAGCGCUCGCCGGAGAACACGGUGUCUUCUGCUCGCAGGCUGUCGCCAGAAUCUCAGUUGCAGAUGGGAAAGCUCGAGCUCCAGCAGGUGAGAGCCGUGACGGCCGGCACGGACCCUGUCCGACAGAACGACGAUGCCGCUGCCGCCGCAGUUGCUAAGGCCGAGAGCAUGAAGCGGGAGCUUGAGAAGAAGAACAUGUCUCUAGCCAAGGCGGAGGAGAAGUGCCUGGUGCUGGAGGCGAGGCAGGAGGACUUCACGUACCUGCUGCAGGGGUUCCGUGAAGAGAAGGAAAAACUGCUUUCGGAGCUCAAGAAGAAGCGCGAGAAGGUGGCGAAGGAGCUGAAGGAGGUCAAGGCCGCGAAGAAGGAGGCCGAGAGGCGCUGUCGUCAGAUGGAGGAGGAAAAGGAGGCUAUCUGUGACGACUACGAGGGAAGGCUGCAGCAGCAGGCUGCCAACUACGAAGCUCAGCUGACGGCCCUGCCCAAGACGGAGGAGGACGGGGACGAGACGGCGGGGGCGGUGGUGGCCGCAUCUGGCGGUGCCGAGACUGAAGUGGCGCGGCUCAAAUCCAUGAUCGAAGAUCUGGAGUCGAGCAGGAAGAUGACGGCUAGGAGGCUCCGCGAUAUCAUGAAGAAGUGCUCGCAGAACGAGGAACGCUUCCUGGCCGCUGUGGAGACGGAGAAGGCCAGGGCCGAUCGUUUCGAGGAGAUGCUGGAGGACUGUAGGAGGGAGAGGGACGCCGAGUGCGAGCGCUUGCAGCACAAUAUCGACAGUCAGAAGGAGCAGCUCGACGUUAAGGUGGCGACGGUCAAGCAUCUCUGGGAGAAAGUGGCAGCCAUUCGCCGCGUUAAGGCGGUCGGCAGUGAGGAUCUCAAGGCUCAUCUUGACGAGGCGGUAUCCGCCCGCGACAGCCUGUCUAGGUUGGCGGAGGACCAGCAGGAGCAGAUCGACAGGCUCAGGAGGAGAGCUAAGCGGAAGGAGGAGGAGAUCACUAAGACUGUCCUUGCCAGGCUGCAAGCGCAAGAGGCGUCGGGUUCGUCCGUGAUCGAUGACGACGAGAUGAGCCUCGGCGAUGCCGCUAGGGGAGACGACAGCCGCGGCGGCGGCGGCGGCGGCAGGGAUUCGCUCGACAGCGCAGCGGGCACGACGAGGGGAGCCAGCGCGGCGCUGAGGUCUCAGCUCGCCGACAUCAAGGAGCAGCAAGUGGCCGACCUGCGCAGGCUGGUGGACGAGAUCGCCAAGCUCGAGUCCGGCGCUCCAGACGCCGCUGCCUCCGGCGGUGGCGGGGGCGACAACUGGGAGACUCAGUCGGGGUGCUCGGACCUCAGCGGAGUGAGCCUCGACAGCUCGCUCAUGCCUCGGGGCGUGGAAGACAUCCCCGAGAAGGAUCUGCGCGAGCUGGCCAAGUGGUUCAAGUCCAGGUCGUCCGAGCGCCGGCGGCUGCUGAAGAGGUACAAGACCGGCCGCCAGAAGACCGAGGCCCUCGCCGCAAGGAAGCAGGCUGGUGGCGACGUGUUUGCGUCCGUCCGAGGCAAGAUCCCCACCAAGGGAGGCCUGGCUCGCACCCCCACGUCCGACACGGCAGGGCGCCCUGAAUCAACCGGCCUGCCCGAACUCCUCACGACGUGUACCACAAACAUAUUUGGUCUUCGCCACGCCCACAACCUGCCUGUCAAGCAGGAAUCGGUCAAGUCGGCCCGCUCCGGCCAGUCCGUCCGCUCCGCUCGCUCGGCCAAAAGCGCCAGCACGACGGCCAGCAACAUCAGCGCCCGGCUGGCCAGGGCCGGCGCCAUUCCCUCCAGCAGCAGCGGCGGAGGCGGCGGCGGGACUUUCUCUUCCCCGAAGUCCGAGAGGGCAGGGGGGCGGGCUAGGGGAACCUCCCCCCGCUCGGCCACCGGGGCUACGUCGAGGCAGGCGGCGGCGGCGGGUCGUUCCGCCCGUCGCAACAGCGGCGAGGGCGGCGCCGGUGGUGGCGGCGGGCAUGGGCGUGGCCGCACGGGGCGGGACGUGGAGCUGAGGUCCGGGAGGUCUCCGCGGGCUGGUACGAGGGCCAUGGGCGGACGCACCGGAUGGCUGUGAUUUGCUGUUGUUGUUGUUGUUGUUAUUGUCGUGGGUGUCGUUAUUGCGUGCAUGCUCUGUGAGUGUUGUUGGUUUGAUUUGAUUUCGUGCGAGUCACGCCCUCUUGUUUUGGAUUUGGUCCCUUUCUGAAAGACAGACAGACGUGUGUGAGUGAUGCCUUAGAUCAGUUUUCUAGACCGAUGCGACCAUGCUACUACUUAUCUCCGAACAACGGUAUGCGUGGGCCGUGGCCAGGUGUUUAUUUGCGCGCUCUUCGUGUGUGUGUUCUUUUUGCACCGACCGCGCUGUUAUGCCGGCUGACUAAUGAAAAGAGAUGCCAGUCUUGUAGCGUGUGUGCACAGCAUGGCGGCCGGGGUGUUUGCGGAGCCCCAUGCCGUGGUGCUUGCUGCUGGUGGCGUUAUGCACGACGCGCUCGUUAGCCUGAACAGAGUGGUGGUGGAAACGGCUGACGUUGGCUUGAAGCAAAUGGCCACAAGUCGUAAGCAUCGAAAGAGAACAAUCACUGCCGUUUACGAACGGGUGGGGCUGGCUUUGAGCAAUCGCGUGAGAGAGGGGGGAUGAGGGUGCUGCUGUGGGCGGACGUGUAUCAUAUGCCGGGGAGGAAUGCGGUCAAUGGCGCACAUUUUAGCUUUUGUCGCCGAGUAUGAGCAAACGUUAUUUCUCUUUUUUUUGAUCCGACCCGACGAGGCAUUACGUGGAAAAGGGACCUAUAUAUAGGAAACGGAAAACAAGAAGGGAAGGGUGUACUGGGUGUGUAAAUGUAUCGCGUCGUCUGUAAAGGAUGCAUGCCGUUUUUUUUCCCCGCAGCUGGUGGUAAGGUCAUGUAGAGUGGAUUGGCAUGCGCAUCUGCCGUGGUUUGGGUACAUGGGGCAAGGCAGGAAGCACUAGACAGCAAGUGCCGGCAGUUUUCUGGAGAUUGUGUGAUUUUUGGAGCUGUUGAAGGCGUUUCCCUUCGGUGGAAGCACGACCGUUUUUCCACUGACAUUCCGAAGGCUGUUACUGCGGGGGAAGCGCGACCGGUUGUCGAUUCGAAGGAAUGAGCGAGGGAUGGGGGGCCUCUAUCAGAUCGCUCCAAGUGCAGGGUUGUGUUGACACGUCGGGAACGCUCAUAGGACCUUGGUGGUGAAUGAUUUGAUGGGUGCCGCUUUGGUUGUACGUUCGUGGCGAGAAAGUGUUAUUAUCGUUGAACAUGUUGAACAAUCUUGGCGUUAAAAUCUGUGCGGUCGAAGCUUAUCUUCGCUUUUCGGUCGAAGCUCAGUAUGGUACCUCCUAGCACCCGUCAUUGGGUGUUGCAAUUCUUUGCGGGCAGUCCGGCGUUUCAGCGUGCAAGCAAGUGAUGGUCGUCAUUGUUGUGGCAUCUUCAGGCGUGUAUCUUUCGGGGCGAAAAGCACUUGGUCGUAGUGUACUUUAGUACGAUUCCGAAGGUAUUGCCCGGUUGUUGUAACUGGCGGUUGUGUUUGAGGGGGCCUCUGUCGUCGUUUUACUUUAGGGAUUAGUCUAGGCCUGUAGCUGUUUUGACAAGAAGAGCCGGUCAAGCUGUUGUAAAGAACGUCCUUUGUCGGGUUGUCGUACGCUCUCCCCCGUGUACGCACCACGGAACCGAACACCCUCGCUGCUAUUCGGCCAGCCUGGAUAGUCACUUCGAAAGGGACGGGCGUGGGUACUGGCAAGGAUUAGGUGAUACACUGCUAUUAAGGGUGGAUGUGGUGCCUCGUGGUCAUGACGGCCACAGCUGCAGUGGAACGUCGUUGUUGUGGGGCAAGUGAUGCGUUUUUUUUUUUGGUGCCCAUUUUUUAUUUUUUGGUGUCUGCGUGGAAAACAAGUACGUUCUAUAAUAAAGGGGGGGGGCGGCGUUCUGUGUACGUAGACUGUAUGGUAUCUAUAAGGUUGAUGUUUUUCUGUUUGAUCUACAUAUCUCAUUGUUACCGCAAAGCGUUCAUUCUGUCGAGUGCGCUCCGGGGCUCGAUGGGUUCUUAGCUCCAAGUAGCUUGCUGUUUUUAUUAUUUCGUGGAAUGAGCCAGGGCCAGUGCCGGCGCCCGAUUUAGUGCCGAUGUUUUCGGCGGGCACACACUGAUGAACUUUCAAGACAUUCUCAAUGCUUUGGAUAGCAGUGCCGAUCCGGUAAAGUGAAGGUGAAAACCCUGGGCACAUACCGGCACUGAACAGUUACCUCUACUGUACACAGGGCCGGGGUCGGGGGCGUCCAUGUAGCCGGGAAGAUGGUGCGGUGCGCGCAAAUAAAAUCAAGCUGCGUUGUCUAGAC